AUGGUUGAUGUGCCUAAGUUACAGAAUCUCAAGAUAGAAAUUAUAGAAGUUUUGUGUUACUUGGAACAAUUUUUCCCGCCUUCCUUUUUCGACAUAAUGGUCCACCUAACAGUGCAUUUGGUGAGAGAGGUAAAGUUAUGUGGACCUGUGUACCUUAAAGAAAGACUGUUGGACAUGGGUGGGUUGAAUCGAGUUUAUGAAUUUUUGAAUCCGGGUGCGAUUGCCACCGAUGCAGGGGAUGAGAGUAAUCGUUGCCAAGCACUAGUCGCUCGAAUGACUAGGAUGACUAAUUCAGAGAAAUGGCUUAUUGCCCCAUAUAAUAAUAGGAAGAUGUUUCACUGGAUGCUUGUAGUCAUCCAGCCAAGUACGCAGACGGUGGCGUACUUGGAUUCAGGCAACGACGAAAUCCCGGAUGAUUUGAACUUUAUUAUAUCCACAUCGUUCACAAUGUAUAACCGAAUGGUACGACGACCUGAUCGACCUACCCAGUGGAUGACUCCUAUUUGUCCUCAACAACCCGAUGACAAACAGUGUGGAUACUACGUCAUGAAAUUCAUUGAAAGUUUCAUGGUCGUAGAAGAUCCAAUACAAUUGUUGACCCGACAAGAUAGGUUCUCCACUCCGUACACUAAUGAUGAGAUAAAUAUUAUGCGUGAUCGGUGGAUUCAUUAUGUGAAAGCGGAAGCGGAGCGACAACAGUUACCGUGUUAGACAGUGUGUAUACAUAUACAUAUUAAGAUGAUAUUAAUUAGCGUUAGUUCAAUUAUUGUGACUAUACAAAAUUUUAAAUAUAUUUAGACGUUAGUUUAAUUGUUGUGACUAUGCAGAUUUUUACAAAAUUUAAAAAUUAAUG